UCACGGCAGACAUUUUGACUUGUCACAGGAAAGAAACACAUGGGGAAAUAAAAACAUUAGCCUAACGAUGGUGGUUCCACUAUUUGUCCCAGUGAACGAUUGUUUUAAGGUAAGGAAGUCAGGUAGGUAAGUCAAAUACAGGACAGCCAUCAUUAUAUUGAAGCACAUUUCCACCAGUAAAAAGAAAAUAAUUGAAAUAUCCCCAUAGUAACUCAUAUUCAUGAGUUACAUGAGUGUUAUGAUAAUGGGAAACUUGAGAUUGAGCUGUCGCAUGGGAUAUAUGUCAACAUUGUAUCUCAUAUUUAUGAUAUCAUAAUGAUUUUUUUUUUUUUUUUGGCCUUUUAAGCUUUAUUUAUAGAACAGCUCAAGACAUGCUGGGGAACAGGGUAGAGAGAGAAGGGGGAGUGACAGGCAGCAAAGGGCUGUAGACCGGGACUCAAACCCAGGGCUGCUGCAGUGAGGACAAAGCCUCUGUACAUGGGACACCUGCUCCACCAACUGAGCUGAACAGCGCUUCAUAAUUUUGACCUUUUUUUUUUUUUCCCUUUUUUUACUAAAUCUCAUAAUUAUGAGAAACCUUUUUCACUGUUUAAAUUAAAUAAUAUUUUCUCAUAAUUUGGACUUUUUAAAAUCUCAUUAUUUAGAUAAUGAUUUAAUAAUUUCGGACCUUCUCCUUCAUAGUCAUUAGUUUUUAUGAUACAAUUUGAAUUUUAAAUUGUUUUGAUUGUUAUUAUUUAUUUAUAUUUUACAUGAAACUUAACCUUAUUAUGUUUUACCACCGGAAGUGGACUUCCACAUCUCAGAACUCUGUUUAGUUAAUGUUUUUAAUCCUGGAGCCCUGCCACCCAAAGAGGAAUUGCUCCCUUCAAGAAGAGGACAGGUUAUUUUUGGGACAGUUUGGACCCUCCGGUAGAGCCAUAGCGUAUUUAUUAAUUAAUUUAAGCUUUAAAUAUUUCUGUUGAGAUUUAAAUAUGAAUAUAGCAGGAAGCGUUAAGCUAGCAGGCUAACAUCAACGUUCGAUAACGGCUACAAGCUGCAGCUGUCCCGCUAGCUUGAGUUCCCACUUCGGCUAACUCAGGUAAUGUUUACACACGACAGGCAGAGCUACACUUUUAGAAUAUUAGGAAAAUGGAGGCACCUGGUGUUCAAACAUGGAUAGCAGUCUGGCUGCUGAGGAGUGUGCUUAAGUGUAAUUCUGAGGGGUCAGAGCACAGUGGCAGCGAAGACCAACAUUCCUGCAUACAGCAGCUCGUGCAGCAAUCAGCAGGAGAGAAGCAGAACUGGACCUUGUAGAAGCAGAAUAACAAACACUCAGAGCAAAGGAAUUGUAUUUGGAGAGUUUCUGCCUCCAUCUUGAGACGAAAGAAAUCUGUGGAACAAACUUGCCUAGCUGGAAUGAAGGACUGACAACAAGCAGACUUGUGAGGAAAAGGGUGGCUGCGCAAACUUGUGUGGUGGAUGGAAAAACAGAAUCUACAUUCGGUAUGUACGGUUUCUUGAUUUAUGCUGAAGCACUGGCCUACACUACAACUCAAGCCUGACUCCAUCUGAUUCCAGAGGAUGUCUGACCAUCAGUUCCAGCAUGUGCCCUACUGACAUCACAGACGAGCCUCAGUCAGCCUGCGCUGCAUAAGAAAUCAAACCAACGUCGACCCGUCGAUGUGGGAAUGAUUGGUCAUACGUAGCUCGUUUCCUGCUGUGGGGUCACAUCUGACCUGCUGGCCAUAAUGCCCUCCACAAAGUGCUCUACUAACUGGACUUUGUCAGAGUUGCUUGGGCAGCGGAGGUUGUUAGGGCUCGGAGCUCUCCUGGCAUGGCUUGUCCUCUUCCAUCUCCUUGUGAAUGUUUGGCUCCUCUGCGUCUUCACCAGUCUCUUGGUGGUUCUCGGGGGUUGGCUCGGCUCCCGCGCCGUGCUGGAUGCAAACAGCCUUCUCCAUUUGGAACACUUUUUGCCCCUUGGAAAAGUUAACCCACCUCUGUCUUCCCCUGAACAUGAGUGGAGGUUGAACCAUGAGAUCCACUGUGCCGUCCACAAGGCGGUGCGUGACUUUGUGUCCUCAUGGUAUCGUACGCUGCUGCCGGAGGUGGAGGGGGAUUUCGAACGUGCGGUGCGUAACUCAAUGCUUGAGUCGGUGAUGGAGCUGAAGGAGCGUGCGCGGCGAGUGGACCGAAAAGUACUGGUCCAAAGGCUGCUAGAGCUGUAUGGGUGUCACCUGCAGAGCUACAUGACGGCGAGACAGAUACAGUCAACACAGAAGGAGUGCAUCAGCCUGUGGCAGCUCUACAGUGAAGUAGAUGCCCCUCACCCAGCUGUGAGCAGUGCAGUCACUGAGCUCAGCUACUCAAGAGCUCUGGUUAACCUUGUCUUACAUGUGCUUGUUCCAUACCCACAGAUGGAAACAAGGACUGGAGGUUACAUGGUUACUGAACUUAUCACCUGCAAUGUGCUGCUGCCGCUCAUCAGCAGGGUGUCUGAUCCUGACUGGCUCAACCAGACCAUUGUAGAUAUAAUCACCAGGUCAAGAGAACCACAGGAAAUCAAUGUGGACGAGCUCCCAGUAGCUGAACUAUACAGAUGUCCAAUCCAGGAGGAGUCCUGGACAACGUGCAGGUCACUAUCUUCUUCUGAUCAAGCCGGCCUCAGCAGCAAAGGCAGCUCUGACGCUGAUGAUCUCCAGAGCCAGAGUACACUCUAUGAGAGGGAUUCCUCACAAAGUAGCAUGGUCAGCUUGAUGUCUGAUGGGAAGGUAGAAAAUUGCCACGCAGGUUUGCUCACGCCAUGCAAAGUGAGCUGCUGUACACUCACAUCUGGCCAUUACUCCCAAACAGCAGAGUCCAAAAUGACAUUACUGGACACAUUCAUUCAGUCAGACUCUGAAGAGGAGCUCACGGGAGGCUUUUGUGAUUGUGGUCCUCCAACAAACUUCUGCAAUGUGAUCCCUGUAAAGGAUGAUGAAGCCUUUGGGUGCUUCGGUCCUCUGAAAAAUCUCGGGCCAAAGGUGGUCGUGUCCGAGGACUCCCAGUGGCCUGCCGGUAUAGCCCAGAAGAAAUCCCCAACCUGUUCUCCAAGAAGACUUUGCCUGACCUCCUGCAGCUUUGAUCCCCCCAACCCUCAAGCUGCAUCUGUGAGCAUCCAGAAUGUGCAAAUAUCUGGUACUGUCACUGCGAAGGAGCAGCGUGGCACAGGCACACAUCCCUAUACUCUCUACACUGUAAAGUUUGAGACCGUGGCUGAAACAGAAAAUGGUGACACUCUGCAGCCUGCAACCACUCACACUGUCAACCGGAGAUACAGCGAGUUCCUCAAUUUGCAGACACGUUUAGAGGAGAAGCCCGAAGUCAAGAAAGUAAUCAAGAAUGUCAAAGGACCAAAGAAAAUGUUCCCUGAUCUCCAUUUUGGCAACGCAGAUGGCGACAAGGUUGAAGCUCGUAAAAGCCAACUGGAUACAUUCAUUAAACAAUUAAGCCACAUUCCUGAGACAUCCAACAAUGAAGACAUGCAGGAGUUCCUGGCCCUCAACUCAGAUUCUGGCACAUACUUUGGAAGAAAGCCUUUUGUCAAGUCAAGAAUUGACAAGAUGAUGGAAAAUGCUUUAGACACCUUGAAGACGGCUUUCCCUUAUCCUGAGCCGCUCAGCCCAACAGAGGAGCUUGAGGGAGAUGCUGAUGGACGGACACUGGACAGCAGAAAGUACAGGAGACUUAUGUUCCCGAGCAAAAUUUCCCCAUCUCUCAAUAUACCAGACCUACAUCCUAAAGUGACAUACUGCUUCAGUGAAGGCAGUGCUGUUCUCAACGGCAUGUCGCUGUCUGGCCUGGAGAGCUUUGUCAAAGAGCAGGAAAGACUUUUAUGUGAGCCAAAUGGGAAAGAGACAGUCAAGCGGAGCUGGGAGCAGCAGAAAACGUCGGGGAAAACUCAUGGCACAGACACAGCUGUGGCAGAUGUUGCUUUGAACAUAUUGUGCCUGCUGAUGAAGGACCAGUGGAGUUGGCUGUGCACAGAGAACAUACAGAAGACCAUCAGACUGCUCUUUGGCACCUUCAUUGAGAGAUGGUUGGAUGUCGGCGUUGCCCACCUUACCAGUGCCCCCUGCUGGGUGAUUUACCUACAAGUGCUGCAGGAAGCCGUAUGGCCGGGUGGCACGCUGCCUGCCCAACCACGGCCAGAGCGCAGUGCCACAGAAAGAGAAGAAACCAAGGAGCAGUGUCUGGACUGUCUGAUGCAGCUGCUCCCAGAGCUCAUCACUGACAUGCUCGGAAGUGAGAAGUACAGACUGAGCUUGGAGAACGCGCUGGAGUCUUUACAGGACUGUCAGAUAAACAAGCAUCUGAUCUACUGCAUCUGUGACCUGCUCCUGGAGUUUCUGGUCCCCGAGUCGUGUGACGAGGCCUUCCAGAGGUCCCUGCUACAGAGCCUUGCCAAAGACGCAGAGAGGGACAAUCCUCCUCACACAUGAGCAGCACAUGAUAACAGUCUGCUAUGUGCUGAAUGUGUGUGCAUUGCGAUGUCUUCAUAAGGGCCCGUUGUCACCGGAGUCCACGGGGUGAUGGCACAGGAGAGCAGCAGUCAUCACCACUGGUCAGUGAUAAAAGCGGUCACAUCAGAAUCUCGUGGCUUCACCUGGAUGUGUUAAUAGUUCUGAAACACCCAGAACAUCAGAAAGAAUUGGUUGUGGUGUCAGCAUCAAUGCGCAUAUUGAACUGUUAUGCUGACUGGUCCACACAUCAUCCAAUCGAAGACCAACCACUGGUCUGAUCUGCACUCAUGUCAAAUUGUAUUAAUAAAUAAUGAUAAACAGUUAGGCCAUCAGGAAAAACAGGCAUGUGGUCUGUAACUAUGGAAUCAAAUGUUGCACAGGCUUUCCGUAGAGCCUGGUUAUACUACAGCAGUGUAUAUAUUUGUUAUUUCCAUCUGAAAUAAGACUUUUUUUAUAUAUUUCCAAAUUAUUAAUUGAUGUUAUUUUAGGUCUUUAAAAUACAUUCAUAUGUCUGUCUUAAGAUCUUAAAGAAGGCUUUUAUUCUCUCCUUACAUUUCUGCACUUGCAUAACACAAAUGCUGUCAUCUACAAAUACAUUCCACCUCCUCCCCAUGGCUGCUGUUGCCAUGUGACCUCAGGCAACUGCUCCCUCGUGAAGUCGGUUCAGAUUUAUUUUGAUAGUCCAUAUUCAUUUGUGUCUUCUGUGACUUCUGUAAGUCCAUAUUUCAUUUGAGCGCUUUUUUUUUUUUCAUUUUUCUUUUUUUUAUUUUUAAUAAUAAAAUCUUGCAUUGUGUAGCUUGAAGAUUGGAGUCUUAUGAGAGUUUGUAUUGGCAGGGAUAUUUUCAACAACUCUGACCGACAUUAUAACAUGACUGGACUGGAUUUUUGCCUGUCUGUCUGUGGGAACUGUCGUUGGAAAUAUCAGUCAGACCUUCCUGUAGCAACACUUUAUUUGUGAGAAGAGCUUAAGAUUUGAGUCGUGUACUCAGGAUGACUCACUUCACAUCCCAGAAAUUACAUGGAUAAAAAGUGAGUGCAGACAGUGUUAACGUGUUCUCAUGAUCUUUUGACCCUGACCACCCUUUGAAAAAUACUUGCAUCUUCACAGGAAAGGAUAGAUAAGACUGUAAUAGUGUGAAUGAUGAACGCCUCAGUGUGUUUCCACAUGGCAACAUAACAUGAAGCCAAAUCUUGUUGUGACAUGAGUUUGCUCAGAUUCACUUAAUUCAUGUCCAUAUAAAGGCCUGUAUGUUAUAUAUGCAACAGCAAAAUCUGAACUGGGCAUCAAUAGACUGAUAUGUUCUAAAACGGCGGAUAUUGCUAUUUUUUCAUUGUAAAUGUAUGGUUAAGAACUGAACUACAACAACAAGUCAGACUUGAAGGAACAUCACCAAUGAAAGUUAAAAUGAC